AUGCCAGCUGCUAUCAAUCCUGGCUUGGAUAACACUAAACCGGAUAGGAUAUUCCCAGAAUGGGUGAAGCAAAACAAAGAAAUGCAGGGACUGACCUGUUUUAAAAAGAUGUCUCGUGAGUCCCUGAAAAACUUCCCUCAUACUAAAAGAGUAGGACAUUACUUGGUUGGUAAAAUGAUCAACAAAGGAUCUUUCGCAAAGGUUAUGGAAGGACUGCAUAUUCCCACAGGACAAAAGGUGGCCAUGAAAGUCAUUUGCAAAAAGAAAGCCAAGCAAGACUCCUAUGUGUUAAAGAACAUGAAAAGGGAGCCACAGAUUCAUCAAAUGAUUAAACAUCCCAAUAUUGUUCAGCUUUACGAUACAUUGGAGACAGAAAACUCUUACUAUAUGGUGAUGGAACUAUGCUUAGGAGGGGAUCUGAUGGACAGAAUCUGUGACAAAAAGAAACUUGAAGAGACAGAUGUUAGAAAGUAUGCCAGACAGCUCAUGUCUGCAGUGGAGCAUUUACACCGGCAUGGAAUUGUUCAUAGAGAUUUGAAAAUUGAGAACUUUCUUCUAGAUGAAAAUAACAACAUAAAAAUUGUUGAUUUUGGAUUAAGCAAUACAAUCAGGUUUGAAGGCCUUUCCCAGGAGCUACUGAGUACUCAGUGUGGAAGUCCGGCCUAUGCUGCCCCAGAGCUAUUAGCCAAUAAAAAAUACGGUCCAAAAGUUGAUGUCUGGUCAAUAGGUGUUAGUAUGUUUGCAAUGCUAACCGGUACACUUCCUUUUACUGUGGAGCCAUUCAACAUUAAACAGCUUCAUCAAAAAAUGAUAAAUGGAGAAAUCAGCCCCAUCCCACCUGAUGUUUCUGCAGGAGCUGUACAAUUUAUUCAUACCCUUCUAGAGGCUGACCCUUCCAGACGUCCUACUGUUAAAGAAGCCAUGGAAGACAAGUGGCUAAAUGAAGGUUUUACACGAAAACCUCUCAUUUCUGUUUCAUAUAAAAACAGACUUCAACCUGAUGAGUUAAACACCCUUGUUUUGAAUUAUAUGACUGAAACCAUGGACCUUGACAUUUCUGAGAUAGUUAACACAUUAGCAGAUAACAGACCAUCACCAAUUAUGGCUUCUUAUUGUUUACUUUUGAAGAAAUUGCAGAUGCAUCAAAAAGAGCACACAAUUAUUAAGAUUGAAGCAGCAAUAAAGAAAAGUAACAAUGUCCACACUAUGCCCUCAAAAGAUGAAACACAGAAUACUGCGCAAAGUGAAAAUGAAAGAAAAGAUGCUAAAACAGACAAGAGGCCUAUUUCACAUGAGCCAAUUCAAGAAGAUGAAAUUGCUAUUACUUUAGAUAAUCAAGAAAAUGUUUUUGAAGGCUCACAAUUUGCAGGUAGAGAAAUGGUUUACCUGAAACCUCCAAAUUCUUCAAAGCAAGAAACAUUGGAUGUAAAUAUAAAACAUUGUUCUUUGGACGUUAAUGAUUUGAAAAGUAAUCAAGAAAGCAACACGUCUAAUCCUGACAAAAAAAGGGAAUAUUUUCCACGCAAACCACAACAACCUGACAUGCAAAAAAGACAACCACCACAAAGUUAUAAAAUGGGUAGUUCCAACACUGGAAAGAAAGAAUUGAAGCAUAUUAAUAGGCUUUCAUGUGAGAGUCCUCCUUCCCAGAAACAGUUUACCAGAUUUAGAGACUUGUUAAAAUCAGUGGACAAUAAUAUUCCACCUGCAUAUAGUCAGCAGAAAGACAAAGAAUGUCUCAAUAUAGUGACGAUUGAAACUUUGCACCACUCUCCUUUACCUAGGGUUAGACAACCUGCAUUAAGAAACCCUAUUACUAAGCACAUUUCGUGGGUGGUACCACACCAUGUUAAAACUGGGUCACCACCAUUUGUCUUUAAUGGCUCAAGGCCACCUGUUUUCCCAAUGUCCAGGCAACAAACAAUUAUGGAUGAUUAG